CGAGGUCUCGACCCGGAGGCGGGAAGGGCCUCGAGCCGUUCCGCUCAGGCACUUGACUAGGCACCUGGGCGGGCUCGGGGCCUUCCUUUCAUCCGGAAGUGGAUACGCUGCGCAUGCUCCUUCCUUUCCAGCGCCCGGGCCAGCUGCUGCCGCCACGAUGUUGAUGCCCAAAAAGAACAGAAUUGCCAUCUACGAACUCCUUUUUAAGGAGGGAGUGAUGGUGGCGAAGAAAGAUGUCCACAUGCCUAAGCACCCGGAGCUGGCGGACAAGAAUGUGCCCAAUCUCCAUGUCAUGAAAGCCAUGCAGUCGCUGAAAUCUCGUGGCUAUGUGAAGGAGCAGUUUGCUUGGAGGCAUUUCUACUGGUAUCUGACCAAUGAGGGCAUCCAGUACUUGCGUGAUUAUCUCCAUCUGCCCCCUGAGAUUGUGCCUGCAACCUUGCGCCGCAGCCGCCCCGAGACUGGCAGACCACGGCCCAAAGGUCUGGAGGGUGAGCGUCCUGCUCGUCUUACUCGGGGAGAAGCUGACAGAGAUACCUACAGACGCAGUGCUGCUCCACUUGGUUCUGACAAAAAGGCUGAGGCUGGUGCUGGAGCAGCGACCGAAUUUCAGUUCAGAGGCGGAUUUGGUCGUGGACGUGGUCAGCCUCCUCAGUAGAACUCUUUGGCCAUGUAUUUUUGUGUAUAAUAAAAUAGGUGAAAAAAAUCUCA